UUGGAAAACUGAUUCCUUUAUGCACGGUUGGUGAUCAUCAUAAAUAAAGAUCCGGAAGAUCUCCUCAAUAACCAUCGACUUGUAAUACAAUGUGAACAAAUAUUUCUCCAAAGAAUAAGUAGAAGAUAUUUGUGAGCUUUGUUGGACUCUAUACCCGUUCUUGCAUCUCUACCGGUAGCUAAUUGUUAAAAGUAGUUGAUUACUACUUUUAACAAUCACUUUUUAUUGUCAUUUAUGAUCAUUGAUGCAAUAGCAAAGCUUCUUAUGCUUAUAUAAAGAGUUGUCCUCAAGCCUUUCCCUUCAUAUAUACAUCUACAUACUUUAAUUUACUGGUGAUCCUUAUUUACAUUUUACACUAUGGCUGGUUUCUCAAAUUAUUUCUUUGCUUUGGCGGUGCUUCUUUCACUCGUGUCUACUUUUAUUAGUGACUCCUCGCAGCAACCACUGCACUCGUCUCAAGAUUCGAAAUUUUUGAAUCUGACCGUUGUCCACCGGGAAAGUGCGUACUCAUCGAUUGCUAGAGAAAAGAAACUGUCGCUUGAGCAAAUACUCAAGCACGAUACGGUUCGGUUCAAUAUAUUUGACCGUUUUAUCUCUGGCGCCUCAAAAAAUGGUACUAUAGAAGGAUCACUUGCCGUGUCCAUUCCUGCUUAUUUUGGAUCCCUAUUCGACACCAACAAUUUCGUCGUAACCAUCGGUCUUGGAACCCCGAAAAAGGAUUUUACUGUGAUGUUCGACACCGGCAGCGAUCUGUCGUGGAUUCCUUGCUCCACAUGUAGGGAAUGUGAAGCACCGAAAAAACUGUUAUUUGACCCGACAGAGUCAUCGACUUAUAGCAGCAUCCGGUGCAACUCGGAUGAGUGCUCUCAGGCACAAGACUCAUCCAGCUGCUCCACCGAAUCAAACACUUGUCGGUUUGCGAUCUCGUAUGCUGAUGGGACAAUCACAGAGGGCAGUAUCAUUCGAGACACCCUUACGCUUGCUCCAUUCGAUGUACUGCCAAACUUCGUGUUCGGCUGCAGCGAUUACUACAGCAUGAAGCACCGGGCCGUCGGCUUGAUAGGUUUAAGCCGUGAAAAGGUGUCGCUAUUCUCACAAGUAUCGCAAAAGUAUGGCGAGGUCUUUUCCUAUUGUAUUCCAUCGUCGUUAAGCUCCACAGGCUACCUAGCCUUCGGUAGGCUUGCCUUGCCGCCACACAUCAAGUACACACCGAUGCUAACGAUGCCACCAGUCGUGGGAUUGUUAUACUUUGUCCGACUGGCGGGAAGCAAGACACUUCCUCUGCCACCAACAGUCUUCUCAAGGACCGCCACAGCCAUCGACUCUGGCGGUGUAAUCACAAGACUGCCACCGCUGGCUUACAACGCCCUCCGGUCAGAAUUUCAGAAGCACAUGACGGAGUACACGCUGAUGCCGCACAAGUUUGUGGUGGACACCUGCUACGACAUGAGCGGGCACAAGAAUCUGAACGUGCCGACUGUCGAGCUGCUGUUUGAUGGUGGCGCCAGCCUUAGCUUGGACUUUGACGGGACGAUGAUCAUGGCGGACGAUCAAAUGGGCUGUCUGGCAUUCACAGCCACUGAUGACAUGCACGGUGGUGUGAGCAUAAUAGGAAACACCCAACAAAAGAAAUACACGGUGGUGUAUGACGUCACCAACGGGAAGGUUGGGUUCGGCUCCGGAGGUUGUGCGUGAAUAUUUUUAAGUAAAGCAUGAAUGCUAGCUAGUUAAUUACUACUAGAUGUUUUUCUCAAAAAAAAAUUUAAUUACUACUAGAAGUUAGAUAGCCGAUUAUAAGGAGUACUUGAAUAUAGACUAUAUAUAUAUAUAUAUAA